AUGGAUGAAAAACAAUAUGCUACAAACAAAGUGCAAGAGGUUGACACUAGCCUUGAUAUGGAAGAUAACGUUAUUACAACUAUAGUAUCCCCACAUACCGGUAAAGUUGUUAACAUUACGAAUGAUGUCGAUGAAGCGAUGAAAUUUAUUGAUGACGAAAAGAAAGUCGAAAUCGAUGCAAAAACAAAUAGAAGAAUACUUCGUAAAAUCGACAUGUGCUUGAUGCCAGUGAUGUGCUUAUUGUAUUGUUUCCAAUUUAUGGAUAAAUUAUCUAAUUCAUUUGCAUCGAUUUUGGGAUUGAGAGAAGAUUUGAAUAUGGUUGGAGAUAUGUACUCGUGGACCGGUACUGCGUUUUACCUUGGUUAUUUGGUAUUCGAAUUUCCUGCCUCGCUCUUGUUACAGAGAUUCCCAGUUGUUAAAACAGUGUCUGUGUUUAUUAUUAUAUGGGGGGUUAUAUUAUGCUUGCAUUCAGUUCCAGAUUAUGCUGGUUUCAUUGCUUUGAGAACUAUUUUGGGAAUGUUAGAAAGUUCAGUCACCCCAGCAUUUGUUAUUUUGACCAGUCAAUGGUAUAAGAAAGAAGAACAGUUCAUCAGAACCGCCUUGUGGUUCAGUUGUAACGGUGUUGGUACGAUGAUUGGGUCUGGGGCAAUUGCAUAUAAUGUUUAUAUGAAUGAUGGUUCUUACACUAUGGAAGCUUGGAAAUUGAUUUUUGUUAUCACUGGCUGCUUAACAAUUUUCUUAGGUUUCGUUGUUAUGUUCCAUUUGCCUGAUACACCAGCACAAGCAUGGUUUCUUAGUGAUGAAGAAAAGGUGCUUGUUGUGGAGAGAAUCAGAUCAAAUCAACAAGGGUUUGGUAAUAAACACUUUAAAAAGCAUCAAUUUAUAGAAGCGAUUACAGAUAUUAAGACUUGGUUGUUCUUUUUAUUCGCAAUUGCCAAUAAUAUUCCUAACGGUGGUAUCACUAAUUUUGGUAGUAUUUUGUUAACUGGUAUGGGUUACACCCCAGCUCAUGCUUUGUUGAUGCAAAUGCCACAAGGUGCAGUUGAAGUUGUUGGUUGUACUUUAUUUGCAUGUGGUGUACUUUACUUUCCUUAUCGUAUGUUCUGGGCUAUAGCUGGUACUGUUAUUGUUGUUAUAUCCGAAUGCAUGUUGGCAUUUUCUAGUAAAGAUAAGGUACAAUAUGCUGGAUUUACCCUAUACACAUUUUCCCCAAUUGGAUUCAUUUGUGUAUUAUCUAUUAUCUCUUCUAACGUGGCAGGUCACACAAAGAAGGUUACUACAAAUGCUAUUUUCUUGGUUGGCUACUGUGUUGGUAACCUUAUUGGACCUCAAACUUUCAUUGACACCCAAGCACCUAAGUACACUGGAGCAAAAAUUUCUAUCGUGGUCAAUGGGUUCGCUUCAUUAGCUGUACUCAUUGUAAUUUGGUUCGUAUAUGCUCUUGAUAAUAAGAAGAGAGAUAAAUUAGAUAAAAAUGAAGAAUUUGAAAACAUUCAAAAUCACGAAUUUGCAGACUUGACUGACAAAGAAAACCCUAGCUUUAGAUACUCGUUAUAG